AUGAAACCCCUCCCAUUCCCAUACCCUAUCAACAUCGGGACAGAUAUCGUCCACCUUCCACGAAUCGCCGCCCUGCUCACCCGACGCGACGAGUCCCUGACACGCUUCACCGGCCGGAUUCUCUGCACACAAGAACAAGACGACUUUCGGCGCCGCUUCCACAAGCUCUUCACACCUCAACCACCCAAUAUCAAACCACCAACUAUCCAAAAGCCAGAUGUCCAACCACCGGUUAUCGAACCCGCAACCUCUUGCGCUCCGCCCAUUAGCGCCGAAAUGACGCGCUGGCUCGCAGGCCGCUUCGCUGCGAAAGAAGCCGCGCGCAAAGCUGCCCCAGAGGGGGCGGCGUCAAUUGGAUGGAAAGACGUUAUGGUUCGCGUGCAGGAGAGGACACCGGGAAACACAAAACAGCCUAGUGACAGCCGCAGGCCGGAGAUUGUGUAUUUAGGGGACGAGGAGAGAGGAAUUCCGGCGCGCAUUGGGCAGCUUUCUAUCUCGCAUGAUGGGGAGUAUGUUGUUGCUACUGUUUUGGCAGCAGGAUGA